CGCCUGUUAUGGAUCAUCGGAUUUCUUGCAGAGACCAUCAUGAAGAGGCUCUUGCGUUUUUCCUCCUUCGACAAGAAUGUCAAAAAAAAACUACGAGAAUGUCUAUUAUUGGCGAAUGCAUGCCUCUUCUGCCUUGUAGUGCGAACGAAGUUCAACAGUGUACAGAGCUUCGGAGUUCCUUGCCGUCGUUCAAACGGAUCGAAGCGCAUCAACCGCCCGCAUGUUCAGGUGUGAGCUUAAAUGCCAUGAAAACUCAGCAUGCGGUGAGGACACGGUGCAAUUCUUCACGAAAACUUGUCCAGCAAACAAACGAAGGCCGUGUCCAAAUUUGUGAAAAACACGGAUUAGCCAGAAAGAUACUCAAAGCUAUAGAUACGCGUUUAAGUGCUCAAGAAAACACAAGCGAAGGCGAUGUGCAGCUAACUAAAAGCAACGUCGAAAAUUUCUGUCAGUCCACGUCGCACCGGCAUAAUUCAAGCAGUUGGAGAAGAUGUGACGAAGAGAAAGAUUUCAAUUGUGAAGUUGCUGCUGGAGUUUCAGUUACUGUCGGUUCCUCCUCACCUAGUGACUUGCUCCAAGGAAGAGGGUACCACUGCACCUCUCUUUCUGUCCUACAGCAGCAAGGUGCCAUAAAGGUCCACUGUGAUAGCGUUUGGGAAGCUGCGAGAGAUUGCAGCUCUUUUCUGAAUUUAAAGCAUUUGCAAGAUAACAGCGUGAAGCUUAAGUCCCUGCGUGGACAGUAUUCCAUUUUGCAGCAGUCUCUCCCCUCAGGUACAAGAUCUGACGUGAAAAUGGUAGAGGACGAUAGCAAGUCGACCAGAACCUCGUUCGGUACAAUGCUCGCUGAGUUAGAUACGACUUUUAAGUCGACGUGCUCUCCGUAUCUGGUACUUGGUCCAACAGAACGUGAAGCCUUGUUCCUAAAUCUACUCCGUGCGCGCAUUGAAGUUCGAAAUCCUUACCUAACUUCAGUUGCGCUUGGUGCCCUGGACAGUAGCACGGCAACCCCAUCGAAAGAUUCGCAUCAGAAUAAAUUGCAACAUGGAUGGGCGCCUAGCUCUGUCUCAGGCAGUUCUUUCCUGCGAGGCAUGCUCCAUACAUGCGAGCAGCGUUGCCUUCCCGAGGAGAUCUGCGUUUCAGCGUCAUCAGUGGCCGCUUCGAUGAUGAAAGGGCGCCGACAAUUACUCGAGGGAAAUCAAUCUAAAGAAAUGCUGGUUGCGAAACGAAGAUCCGGAGAAGAUGAAAAUCAUAUUUCCCUCAACUCAACGGAUCGAUCAGUUAUAUCCGGAAAUGGCUGUGCCGGAGCCUUGUGGGGUGCAGGCAUUAUUUCACCGUGGUUAUAUUUCAUGAGUAUUGGUUCCAUGUUCUGCUGCCACAUAGAAGACUAUGCCUUUGGCUCUGCGAAUGUCAUCCUAGCACCACCUGAGUCGCAAGCCUGGGUGAUUUGGUACUCGAUCCCUCAGUCUGACAUGAACUAUCUGCACGAAUAUCUUCGUAACUUAUUAGGACUUGAGUAUUCGAUUGAUUGUCUUGAGCAGCGCAAGCUGUGGUUAGAUCCUACUGAUGUAAUUGCCUGGAGAGGUUCCUGUGGGGAAAAGAUCAGUGUAUUCCGCCAUCUACAAGGACCUUCCGAGUACAUUGCAACUGACUAUGGUUCGGUUCACUGGGGUGUUAACAUCGGAGUCGGUUGGAAGGCGGCAGUAAAUUUUGCUUACCCAUCCUGGCGUAAAGCUGCAGAAUCUGUCCAUUUAAUAUACAAAAAGCUGGAGACAACAACGGGGCAAGUGCGUAAUUAUCGCAGCGUGCCAAAUUUCGAAAAUCCGGUCUGGCAGGGCUGAAAUAGAUAAAUGGAUACUGUAAGGUGCCGACAAAGACCCCAUCCAGUACACGUAUUAUAAUAUAGAAUACACAGUAUCAUAC